UCGACAGCCAGAGGAAAAGCCCCAGGAGUGUGAAAAAAAGGCUGCCGGAGCCGAUUGGCCGAGUAGUUAAGCGAUGGGCUGUGUAAUCUCUGCCGAAGACUACACGCCGCCGGGCACCGGCGCCACCGAAGACGGCCCACGCCUGGUCCUCACAUCCAAGGGGGCAGCCGACGCGAUCUACUUCGAGAAUGCGCACGCGCUCCGCCAGCCCGGCGGCGCGCUUCUGACGCUGCGCAACGGCAUGGCCGUCGUGCCGCGGUACGACUAUCCGCGCAAGAUCAUGGAGUGGAGCUACAUCGAGUUGGGAUUGGGCCCACGCCACAUGGCCAUGCGCGUCCGGCUGGACGGGGAGUUCCUCGUACGCGUGCACGACGAGCGCGUGUUCGACAUCGCGUGGUGGAAAUACGAGGUCGGGAAUCACCUUAGUAUCCUGAGGUCGACGGCGUGUCAUCCCGGCCAUACGCGCUACGGCAACGGCGGCCGCAGCUUUGUCGUAAACCCAGACGGGACGAUCUCCCCGAAGUGUGCGCAGCACCUCGUCCUGGGCGCCGGCAUUCCAACCUUCUCCUUCGUGCCGGCCGGGUCGCCGCUCGUCUGCCGCUUCCAGCACGCCAAGGCGCUCGCCGCCGGCCAACAGGUCCCGCUCACGCUGGCGAGCCACCCGGGCCUCGCCGUCGUCCAGGUCUUCGACGAGCCGCGCGAGGCGUUCGGCGAGUGGCACUACAAGGCGCUCGGGCUCGGUCCGGCGAGUAAGGCGGUCGUGGCCUCGCGCCAGGGAUCGUUCUUCGUCGACAAGGCCGGCUGGUACGUCUGCCCGAGCAUGAUGAAUAUACAUCAGGGCAAUCACACGGAUUUAGUAGUAAACCGGCACAACCAUCCGGCCCGGAUACACGAGGAACAUCGCAAACACGGUGGCAAGCGCCCGCUCGACUUCGAGUUCCACGCCGACGGCUCCGUCGCCCCCGCGUCGGCGCCGCACCUGCGCCUCGGCUGCUCGUUCCCGCCAAUAGGUGGCUCCGCGGUCGCCUCGGAGGAGCAGUACGAGUCGCCCAUGGCCGAACCCGUCCAGGGCGUCGUCGUCGAGGGCGUCGUCGUCGCGGGGGAGGUGAUGGGCGUCGUCGCCAAGGAAUACUAGGCCCAGUCAGGGCCGCCAGGCGGCCUAGGUCUAAGCAAUUAACCCACCCCAACCAUUAC